AUGGACGAGUACACUUCUGGGUGUGACUCAUCGCCGACCACCUCUGUCUACAAUCUGGCAAACUCCUCCUCUUUUGAUCCACGUCUUGAUGAUGGGGGUAAGAAACAUGCACUUCGUACAUACACUUCGUUCAGCAAAGAGGAACAUCUUGCCACGAUUAAAUCCCUUCAAGGGGAUGACUUCAGCAACGGUGAUGCCAUUUUGGCCCUUCCACUUCCACGCAUCAAAUCACAACGUCUUCUGGCAAUUGAUUUGGCAGCAUUGCUAUGGCCAAAAAUGACCGAAAUUGCCGCCAUUAUCGAAUACGAGCGUGUGACGCUCCAUGGAAAAGCGGUUGUCCGCCUAAACAAACCGCGACAACUGAAAGAAGAGUUGCGCCGAAAGACAAAUACUGGUGGAAGGUUAGUGAAAGUCCAAGGUCCUUGGGCGGGUCAAGAACUUGAUCCUGUUGAUCUCAAGGGACCCGCUGCUAUUCCUAUGCCAGUUGAGAUUGGGAAAAAAGAGGACUUUGAGCCGAUUUUCCGCUUCUUGGCUCAAGACGUCGUAAUAACCGAUGCUGAUGAUUCCCAAGCUACAAACGGUCUCGAGCUUUUGUGGAAAACUCCUUUGGUGGAAUUCAAACGAGGAAUCGUUUACGAAGACGGCCGUAUGGACUUGUGCAAGAAGGUCGUGGGCCCCACCCACAUUGGAAAGUUGAUGGAGGCUUUGGAAUCCAAUCACCAAAUUCGUCACUUCUUGUUGGGGAAUAAUGCGAUAUCUACCACUAGGGCAAAACGGAUAGCAGAAUUCGUGCAGAAGCAUCCUGAUCGAAUGGAAACUUGGUGCAUUGCUGGAUGCCACAUCACUCGCCACGGUCUUUCAAUAUUAGUACCACAAAUGAUCAAGUCAUCUUCCAUCACAAAUCUGUGGUUCAAGCGAAACCCUUUCGGUCCAAACUCCAGCCUUCUGCUUGCAGAGCUGGUUCUUAAAACACAAAACCUCCGCACCUUGGAUCUUGAGACCACGGAACUGGGAAAUGAGGGAACCUCACAAUUCAUUGAUGCAAUCUGUGACAAACCCGCCUCACUUCGGCAUCUAUAUCUAAAUGCCAACGGAAUUGGUCAGAAAGCUUGCGCCGGUCUUGCCAAGUACAUCUCAUCACCAAAUUGCUCCCUUGAGAGCCUUUUUCUAUCCACAAACCCGUUAGGGGAUGCUGGUACUGAAGUUCUCUCGGUUGGUCUCGAGAAAAACAAGAGCUUGGUACGAUUAACUUGCGCAUCGUCUGGCCUCACAAGUAACGGGGUGGUUUGCUUGGCAACUGCAAUUGUCAAGGGCAAUGUGCCCAUCCGGACACUGGAUCUUGUUGCUUCAUCAACGACCAAAGCGCACCAGCAAAAGUUCAAUUAUCUUGAUGACAGCUGCAUCGAGUCUUUGAAGGCUCUCGUCAUGCACCAACCUCUCAGAUACCUGAAUCUCGUCGCACCGUAUUCAGUUCUGAGGGCAUACAGGAAAUUCGAUCUGCGGCUGCGAAAUCAGAACUAGACACCUAGUAGUCCAUAGAGUCGACGUCAAUGCAGUAAGUACGAAGCACGGAAUGACGGUGAUAUACGAGGGUGAAGCACCAGCCAGAUCAUGCUCUUUGGAGGUUGGAACGCGUAUGGUGAAGAACCAAAAGAAGUACUAUCCCCACAACAAGGAUUAUGACGAGUUUCUCAACAGCGAGGACUUCAGAUUCUUGAGAAAUACAUCUGACGGUUCGGAAGAUCGAUUCUAUGUAUCGCACCUUGGACAAAAGACUCGGGUUACCUAUGGAUGCAGUAUGGGAAGAGGGUGA